AUCAGAUUCAGGAACACUUUCUUCGCACGGCAUUCAAAAACGUCCGUUGAGCUCUCCACCACCAAGAUGAAGAGCCCUUUGACCAUCGCUUUCGCAGCACUCGCGACUGUUGCCGCAGCCUUGCCAACUGGUGACUUGCUGCUUAGGGAGCCGGCUGGUCUGGAGACACGCAGCGAGAAUCCUCCUCGUGAGGCUCAAUACAAGCGUAGCGAGAAUUCACCACGGUGGGCCCAAGAGAGACCCCCGCGGGAAGCGCAGUACAAGCGUAGCGAGAACUUAGCAAGAUAUGCCCAAGAGAGACCUCCGCGGGAAGCGCAGUACAAGCGGAGCGAGAACUCGGCAAGAUAUGCCCAAGAGAGGCCCCCACGGGAGGCGCAGUACAAGCGGAGCGAGAACCCUCCCAGAGAAGCACAGUACAAGCGCAGUGAGAACCCGCCCCGGGAGGCUCAAUACAAGCGCAGUGAGAAUCCUCCACGAGAGGCGCAGUACAAGCGCAGCGAGAACCCACCAAGAGAGGCGCAGUACUAGAGGGCAACGUCUGACAAGAGGACGGACGGUCGAACUAGAAUCCGACCUCAGGGAGUCGACCAGAGUUCUCGUCAACGAAGGCCUUUGAAUCUGGCAGAAUGCAGGCAGAAGCAGAAUCGUGGUCUUCCGCUUUAGACCCUGACAUGGUGGAAGGACUUAUGAAUUCAUGUAUCGAAUGAAUUGACGAUAGUCCAUGGCAAUUUGCAAUUCGCGAACAAUUUUUAAAUGUGCCCUCCUG